AAGUCUUAAACCCUCUUCGAGUCAGUGGUUUCUGAUUCAAAUCAUGGAAGGUAUUUGUAUGUUCCAUUUGAAUCUCUGAUAAUGUUCGGACAGUGGUAAGCAUUCGAUCUGUGAGUUCAAUCACUCUAGAAAAUACUUAUAAAGAGACUUCACAGAUGGGGAGAAUCUAGAAAGGGUUUCAUUCAUGAACUAUGAAAUCAGGGUGAGGCCAUUUCUACUGUGUCUUUUUAGUUGACUGAGAGAUGAAGAUCUUCUUUGGAAGCCCUGGUACGGUUAGUGGACUUCUUCUGAGGAUAGGACAGUGUUUUUGCGCUGCUGCUUCCAUUGGAACGAUGGCGUCUGCCUCUAAGUUUAACAACUACACAGCUUUCUGUUAUUUAGUUGCUUCAAUGGCACUUCAAGUACUCUGGAGCAUGGCACUUGCAUGUCUUGAUGCUUAUGCUUUGAUGAUGAAGAGGGACCUCCAGAAUCCUCUAUUAGUGAGCCUGUUUGUAGUUGGUGACUGGGUAACAGCAACUCUAUCACUUGCAGCAGCAUGCUCAUCGGCGGGGGUGACAGUUCUAUUUACUAGGGACUUGGAUUUCUGCAAGUUACUAUCUCAUGUCUCUUGCGGCAGGUUCCAGAUCUCUGUAGCUCUGGCUUUUGUUACAUGGUUCCUCAUUGCUGUAUCUUCUCUUGUAAUGUUUUGGCUAGCGGCCUCUGUUUGAGAGACCAGUGCUCUCUCUCUCUCUCUGCUGUUGUUCACUUUCUCGUAGUCAGGUAGUGGUUUCCAUGUAAAAAUUUUCAUCCCUGUUGUGUAUAUACCAAGUAACAGUGAUGGUUAAUAUCAGUACGCACAUUAGCUUUUUCAA